GAUCUCAACACCCAACGAAACACUUAGAUACACUUAUGUAAAUGUCUUUAGUAUCUUAAUAUCAAAUAAAUGCACUAUAAUGAAAUUCAUGUCAACACAAAAAAAGGAUUCUGCCACCCAAUAGACACAAACUGGCAUUGAAAUGCUUUCCAUCAUACAUGAGAAUUUAAUACGGGGUAUUUGAUGCCUGAUCCAGCUAGUUAUUCUCCUGUAAGGACAAACAGAGACCAAAUAUCACAGCAAGGCCUGCGUGCCGACAUGCCUUUGGUGGGUAAGAAUAGCCCCACAAUGGAGCUCACAUCUCUCGUCUUCUGUUGUCUGAGAACAGUUGUUGUCAGGACAGAGGAAGAGGUAAGAUCGGAAGCCAAGCUGGUGGCGAGUCUUGCCGAUUACACCCGACCUGGUAUCUAGGACCUGACUAGGAUUUUGAGUGCUUGUAAAUGGGGUUUAUUCGUAAUGCCUGCUUGGACUGAGUUUAAUACAGACUGUAAAACUCCUUUUCUUAUGUGGAAUCAAGCGGGCUGUGUUUUGAUCAGCGAGAUAUUCUGUGCGGUCCUCUCGGGGUUUGAAGGCCUAAAUCUGCUAGCAUGGCUAAACUGGCUGCAUCAGGCAUGAUCUUCAUAACACUGAACCACAACAUCACCCUCACAGGGAAAGCAUGGCUCAUCUUGGUGGUAUUCCUAAGGAUCCUAGUCUUGCUGUUUGCUGGUUAUCCUCUCUACCAGGAUGAGCAGGAGCGAUUUGUGUGUAACACCAUUCAGCCUGGUUGUGCCAAUGUGUGCUAUGACAUGUUUGCCCCUCUUUCCCUUUUCCGAUUCUGGUUGGUGCAGCUCACCACCCUGUGCCUUCCCUACAUGAUGUUUGUCAUCUAUGUGAUCCACAAAGUGAGUUCUGGCAUAGCUGCUGAUAACGGAACGUCUGAAUCCAUAAAAGCAGACUCCAUCUAUAAGAUCCAUCAAGAAUCGUUCAGGAAAGCAUCUCUUUGUAAGACCGUUGUGAAGGCUGAGAAGGGGCGGGUGAAGUACUUCACAGGAGCCUACAUUUUGCAGCUGUUGCUUCGGAUAGUUGUAGAAGCUGGAUUUGGAGCUGCCCAUUAUUACUUGUUUGGCUUCCACAUCCCCAGACGCGUCAUGUGUCAGCAGACACCAUGCACGACCAUGGUGGACUGCUACAUCUCUAGACCCACUGAGAAAACAAUCAUGCUGAACUUCAUGUUGGGGGCGGCCGCUUUGUCCUUGCUGCUAAACGUGUGUGACUUAAUCUGUGCCAUCAAGCGCUCCGUGAGGCAAAAAAGCAUAAGAAAGAUGCUGGUGGAGAAGAUGUACGCAGAGGAGCAGUACUACCUGUCCGGGAACGGGAAUCAAGGUGUGGAUGUCAGCAUCCCGCCAACUCAAGACGUGAAGGGGGGGUUCCGCAAAAGAGGGACCAGAAACUCGAGUGGCGAUGAAGCUGCUUCCGUGCUUUUGGACGACGACCCUCCACCACCCUUACCUCUUGGAGGAAUGUCUACAAUUUCUGGAAUGCCUGGUUCCAACAACAAUGAUGACAGCAGCAGCUACCAACCCACCCAAGAAGAUGGGAUGGUAAGAGAGGGCAGUGAAGUGGCACUGUACCCCACUGAGCCUUUGGGGACUCCUCGAGCCAUCAGAGUUAGCAAACGCAGUCGUCUCAAACCUCCGCCACCUCCACGAAGGGACAAACUAGUGGCUCAAGGUGCAAUUGGUCCGGGAGCAUCAGCGAUGUGUACCCAAGUAGGACAAUAUACUCUGGUAGAAAUGUCCACUGGUGAAGACAUGGCGAGUUGCAGUGGAGAUGCCCAAGAGAAGAGGUCAGAGUGGGUUUGAUUGUCCCAAAAGACUGUCCAUUUGAAUUAGGCUACUGCUAUUUUUAGCAUGUAUUCUCAUACGUUGUAAGCUCUGAGGUUACAUUUCAAAUGCAUGUAAAGCCCGGGACACGAGCCGACGUCAAAGAACUAGUGUUGACGAAAACCGACUGUGUUUUCUCCUCUCGUCGACUGCGCCUCGGCCAAAAAGCUGCAAUUGAACAGACCGAAAGGUCUAAAGGUGACUGUCAACUAUGUUCAGCAGGUAUCAAUAGUCUAUUUUUGUCAUUCAAAAAGAGAAACCGAAGCUAGGACUGCAGAUAUACAAACUGGCAGAGUUUGGGGUAACGCAUUACAAGUUGCGUAAUCAGAUUACUUUUUCUAAGUAACUACUAAAGUAACUAAUUUCUUUUAAAUUUACAUUGUUUACAUUGUUACUUUUUCAAAUAAGUAAUGUACAAUUUAGAUAUACUUUAUGUAUUUAAUCUCACUUUAUUAACCAAUGUCUUUGCUGCUGACAUUCAAUGAUCCAAUUCAACCAUACUAAUAAGCAAAAAUGAUUAUUAGUGACAGUUUGUUUAAGUAUUGAACUUUCUUCUCCUGUGUCCUAUUUUACUGUACUCCAGAAUGGCAGCACAGCUGAAAGGAUGCGCCCUCUAUUGUACAAGCGUGAAUUAGCAUUUCCUUCAGCCUGAAGCUUAUUCAUUUCACUUUUGAUUUGAAAGGGCC